GGGCGGGUCUCUUCAGAUGCUCCGUUAGACCAAGUAGCGGCGCUCAGUACUUUCAGCCGGAGCGUAGCGUUUAUCCCGCGGACGGAGUGUCCUCGAUCUUCGGCCAAUUUACACCAUAAUUAACAGCGAACAGGCCGCCCCGCGCCCACUAAACUAACGGGUUAACAUUCCUCUCGGAACGAGACGGCGGAGUUAGAGAAAAGCGCUGUAUUUCAGGCCAACUCUCGGCUCGAUCAUGUUUGGGAUUAAUUUUUGAGGUACUACGAUCUGAAGAUCACAUUUUCCCCAGCGCGUGGAGCCUCAGAUCUGCACUGGGACGAAGCGAAAGAACUCAGCGGUCUCUCUUAUUGUCUCGUGCGCUGUCGAAACGAGAAAAGGGAGCAUGCGUGAGUAACAGGUUUCUGUGGCGGGACCUCAAGCUCCUCCCCUCAUCUGGAGCCCCUGUGCUGUAUGAUACGAGGCCGCCUUCCUUCACACACUCUGACCUCAGUUCAACAGGUGUGAAGAUGAGGAAGUUUGCGUACUGUAAGGUGGUGCUGGCCACCUCUCUGGUGUGGGUGAUGCUAGACAUGUUCAUCCUCCUCUACUUCAGCGAAUGCAACAAAUGUGACGACAAAAAAGAUAGAGGAUUGCCGGGGAGAGAGACUGUGGUUCAAAGGCCUCAUGACGGCCCAGGGGAGAUGGGAAAGCCAGUGGUUAUCGCUAAAGACCAACAGGAGAGGAUGAAGGAAAUGUUUAAGAUAAACCAGUUUAACCUGAUGGCCAGUGAGAUGAUUGCACUCAACCGCUCUUUACCGGACGUGCGUCUCGAGGGGUGUAAAACAAAGGUGUAUCUGGACGAUCUCCCACGCACCAGUGUGGUGAUUGUGUUCCAUAAUGAAGCGUGGACCACUUUGCUCCGAACGGUCCACAGCGUCAUCGACAGGUCACCGAGACACCUGCUAGAGGAAAUCGUGCUGGUGGAUGACGCCAGUGAGAGAGACUUCCUGAAGAGGCAGUUGGAGCAAUAUGUGCGGAAGUUGGAGGUUCCUGUCAGGGUGAUACGGAUGGAGCAGCGUUCGGGCCUGAUUCGCGCUCGGUUGAAGGGGGCGUCCAUAUCCACAGGUCAGGUGAUUACCUUCCUGGAUGCCCACUGUGAAUGCACCACUGGCUGGCUAGAGCCUCUGCUCGCUCGCAUCAAACUUGACAAGAAAACUGUAGUGUGUCCCAUCAUUGAUGUGAUCAGCGAUGACACGUUUGAGUACAUGGCAGGCUCUGAUAUGACAUAUGGUGGGUUCAACUGGAAGCUGAACUUCCGCUGGUAUCCGGUACCACAGAGAGAGAUGGAUCGCAGGAAAGGAGACAGAACGCUGCCUGUCAGGACCCCCACUAUGGCAGGUGGUCUCUUCUCCAUAGACAGAGAUUACUUCCAGGAGAUUGGCACAUAUGAUGCAGGCAUGGACAUCUGGGGGGGAGAGAACCUAGAGAUCUCCUUCAGGAUUUGGCAAUGCGGGGGGACGCUUGAGAUUGUCACAUGUUCUCACGUCGGUCACGUGUUCCGUAAGGCGACGCCGUACACGUUCCCCGGUGGAACUGGGCAGAUCAUCAACAAAAACAACCGACGGCUGGCAGAGGUCUGGAUGGAUGAGUUCAAGAACUUCUUCUACAUCAUUUCACCUGGUGUGACGAAAGUGGAUUAUGGAGAGAUCUCAUCCAGAACAUCCCUGAGACAGAGACUGCAGUGUAAGCCGUUCUCCUGGUACCUAGAAAAUGUCUACCCAGACUCCCAGAUACCACGUUACUACUACUCGCUGGGAGAGAUCCGUAACGUGGAGACUAACCAGUGUCUGGAUAACAUGGCCAGGAAAGAAAAUGAAAAAGUGGGCAUUUUCAACUGCCACGGCAUGGGCGGCAACCAGGUUUUCUCGUACACAGCCAAUAAAGAGAUCCGGACUGAUGACCUCUGUUUGGAUGUGUCCAAACUCAACGGUCCAGUUAUGAUGCUCAAGUGCCAUCACUUGAAAGGCAACCAGCUCUGGGAAUAUGACCCUGUGAAGCUGAGCCUGGUGCAUGUGAACAGUAAUCAGUGUUUGGAUAAGGCGUCCGAAGAUGACAGUCAGGUGCCCAGCGUCAGGGACUGCACCGGGAGCCGCUCGCAGCAGUGGCUGCUCCGCAACGUCACACUGCCCGAGAUAUUCUGAGCUCGCACACAGACAGACAGAUGGACAGACUCUCACACCAUCACUGAUGGAGAGAAUGUGAGAGAAAGGACUGCUUUCCUCUCAAUCCUGGUGGUCUGCCUUCAAAUGAUCUCAAAGAACAGAACCGCAUAUGUAUAUGAAUCUUCCCAUCACUCCACCUUGCAGAGGAAAAGAAAGAAUGAUGGAGAGAAAGGCUCAUGGAGAAAGAAACUUGAGUUUGAUGCCAUUAUCCUCCUCGUUCGAGGAGCUGCGGGCAUUUUGGUUAUGUUUACGAGAACGCCUCCCUUUUAGAGUAUCAGUGUGUGUUUGUGUGUGUGUGAGACGGGAAUGUGUGAGUCACAGUGUUUUCCACAGGAGUUUCACCCUUUUUCUUAAUUUAAGUAUUUUUCAAGCCUUGUAGAUAUGAAGGGUAUCUAGCACAUGAAGGAGAGGCUGAUGUGUGUCUGAGUGGAUGUGUGUGCAUGUGAGAUUUCAAGUGUGUCACAUAUCAGGAUGGAUCUCCUGUCUGUGGACAUUACAGUGGUUUGCUAUCCGUUUGAAGCAGGGGCUCCCUCUACUGGCCACCAACACACACUGACCUGUCUGUCAAUCUUCAUCUCAGCCAGUGGACUACCAAUAAUCAAUCCCCAUAUAGGUUUAUAAUUAAUGAAAAGGAUGACUGAUCGUCUAGGACGUUUUUCAUAUCAUCAGUGCUCAUGUAACUUUUUUAAACCAGUGGUUGAUACUUUUUUUUGGUUUCUGCAUUUUUGAGUGCCACGUACAAGCAAGUCUGUCUCUUAAAGAUAUGAUGGUAAUUUCACCCCUAAUUGUUGCCUGCCUUUGGGUUCCAGCCGACAUGGUUUACCCAUAAGCACAUGGGUUGAUCGGGAAGAGAUGGAUCAUCUUCUGUCAUAUCAUCCAGCAGUACAAGGGCUCGGUCUCACUGUGUACAUGCACGAGAAAGAACACUUUCGUCUGAUAUCUUUCUUUGUUUACGUUCACUUCAAAAUUGUUACUGAUUUUGUGUAGAACUUCUUUAAUUCAUCAAUGCAUUUGGCAUCUGAAGGUAAAAGUAGGCUGCUCGCCACAUUUCAGCAGAUGUCUUUAAACAGUUUGAUAGCCUAAAGAGAUUGUCCUGCAUUUCAGAUUCAUGCAUUUCAUUCUUCUGAUUUUAUUUUUAAAUGAUCUGAGAUUUCAUUUGAACUGUGAUGGUUGAAGUGAACCCCUCUGUUUUGAGAUUUGCCAUGUGGAAUCAGGAAUCAGUUUUUUUUUCUUGACCCUGUCCAAAUACAUAAAUGAUCUGUACUCUUUUGUGUCCCGGUCAUUAGUCCGUUUUUUAACUGGAUUUUCCAGUAGUCUUGAUAGAAACUAUGGCUGCGUUUACACUUGGCAUUAACAUGCGAUCACCGUGAUCCGAUCAAGCAGAUCGGAUCAU